UCCCCUGUUUUCAGUUGAGCCACAAAGACGCAACCUUUCGUCUCUCAAACCUCACCCAAAAAGCAGUACAGAUCAGAGCUCUCACGUCUCACCUACCGGAGAGAGAGAGAGAGAGAGAGAGCUAAGCCAUGGAAGUGGAGGAGUUGGAAUCGCCCGCUUCGUCGCGGCGCAACAAGGAAGCGGAUCCGAUGAUCAUCGAAGACGGGUCGUCCCCGCGCCCCGCCCCCGCCCCCGCCGCCGCCUCCUUCUCCCUCUCCCUCUGCUGCAGCCACUGCUUCGGCCUCCGCCGCCCGCGCCGCGCCCCCCGGCCCUUCUCCUCGUCCAGCUUCUGGGAGCGGAUCGGGUCCUCGCACUUUGACCGCCGGUGGUGGGCCCCGGGGGUCAGGGUCCUGAAGAAGCUCCGGGAGUUGUCGGAGGUCGUCGCGGGCCCGAGGUGGAAGACCUUCAUCCGGCGGUUCAGCCGGAGCCGGAGCAUCGGCUCGGCGGCCGGCGCGGGGGGAGGGGCGCACGACCAGAGCAGGCCCGGCAGGUUCAACUACGACCCCAUGAGCUACGCCCUCAACUUCGACGAGGGGCCGGGGCACGACCCCCAUCUCGACGACGAGGACUACUUCCGCCGGUACCGGAGCUUCUCCGUCCGGCACGCGUCGGUCCCCGGCGGCGGGCACUCGGCGGCGGAGGAGGAUGUGGCCGGGAAGGGUAAGGACGCGAUGGCGGUGGCGGUCGCAUGAUCAGAGUCCAACUCCCCACGACUCGCCGUCGUGGGGAGUUGGACUCUAUGACGUCACGUGGCGGCUUGAUAUUUAUAAUUUUUUUUUAAUAUUUAUAAUUUAUAUACCUUUUGUGGGAUUGUAAAGUCAUCGUCGUUUUGAGUGGGUCAGUGUUGUCGUUUUUGUUUACAACGUACGGAUAAGUGUGUAAAUGGCAGAUUGCACGAAGGAGUGAAGUUGCGUCAUCCGUGGCAUUCGAUUGGAAACAAUUCCGUGCACGAUUUACUUAA